GAGUCUUACAUGAGAACUGAUAAAUUACAAAACUUGUGGCUUGAAAUACAACGUUUUGACAUUUAUAGAACACCGUGGAAGACGAAAGUGUGCGCACAGAUGCAGUAUGAUAUCUCACUAUUUGGUAUUCAUUUGGCUGGUUGUAGCAGCGGAAGCAUGGUCUGGCGGAAGACAAUUCGUAUUCGCUAUCCCCCAACCGUAUAGUCAAGGCAGCAAUGAAUACUAUUUACACAUGUACAUAUCGGCAUCUGAAACAACUAACAUUUUCAUCGAAGCUCCUUCAAUAUCAAUACGUACAAACAGAACGAUACAACGAGGCACAACAAUUGUACCUCUACAUGCCCGAGCAGCUCUUUCUACAACGGCGGUUAAGGAGAGGAAAGGAAUUCACAUUCGUAGCGACAAGCCUAUAAAUAUAUAUGUCGUCAAUCACGAAGAAGUCUAUUCAGACGGUUUCCUUGUCCUCCCAUAUAAUGAUAUUUCAACAGGAUACUACGUUAGUUCAUAUGCUCCCAACACAGCUAGCGAGUUUGCUGUCGCUUCAGCAUUUGAUAACACACAUAUUAACAUUACGUUACGGCUUCAGCCUCAUAGUUCUGUCACGGUUAACCGUAACACCUAUUCCGAUGGACACACGUUUAGUCUUACAAUGGAUAGAUUAGAUGCAUUCCAGAUAAAACAUAGCACAGCUGAUGUAACAGGAACGUUUAUUAGCAGCGAUCGGCCAAUUGCAGUCACUUCCGGAAAUCAAUGUGCUCAGAUACCCAAAGGUCAGGAUACAUGUGACUAUCUUGUAGAGCAAAUGCCCCCAGUUAACGCAUGGAAAACAAAGUAUAUAGUCGCUUCUUUCAGAACGAAAAGGCACUUUCGUAUUCGGAUAAUAACCUCCGAAAAUGCAAACAGAGUUUCAAUAGGAGGUUUUGUACGAGCAACACUUAAUCGAGGCCAGUUUUACGAGUUUUCGAUAGAACAGGAUUAUAUUUCUGUGGUAGAGGCGACGCAUCCAGUUCUUGUAGUCCAGUAUAAUGAGAGACAUACAAUCGAUAACGGCAUUGGAGAUCCAUUUAUGGUUACGAUUCCAUCUAUAGAUCAUUUUGUCGAUGACUAUUUUUUCAAGACACCUACACAUUUUGACAGCCAUCAUGGAUCUAUCACAAUUUUGACAAGUAAAGUCGAUGGCCUCCGUCUCGAUGGCAAUAUAUUAAGCAGAUUAGACGAAAAACAAACCAAUUUUACAGCUGAAGGACAAACACAUAGUUACAGCGUACUGAGAUUUGAAAUCAGCAAAGGUUCUCACCACCUGACACAUGUUGAACCCGGAGUAGCCUUUGGCAUGAUACUGUAUGGUUAUAAACACACAGAUUCGUACGGCCUUCCUCUUUGUUGGAAUAUGAAUGGUACAUAUAUAAAAGACGUUAGGAUUGUCAAUAAUACAAGUUCGAAAUCCGGUAUCGUUGAAAUGCUUGUCAGUGGUAUGUGGACGCCGGUUUGCAGCGGCCGCCUGGAUAGCAAUGCAGCUAAAGUAAUCUGUAAAACCCUUGGCUAUGACAAGUAUGGAUUACCUAAGCAGCCAGUGACAACGGUAUCAUACCAAGGACAUUCGUCAUCAUUUACAGGCUUACACAAUAUGUUGUGCACUGGUGUGGAAGAAUCGCUCUCGAGAUGCAAAAUUUCGUCAUCUGAUAUGAGUACCUGUCCCACCUCAGACGUUGUUGAAAUAAAUUGUGCACCAUCACUGAAAGAGAUUAUACAAACGACGUGCUCACCAACAACCUGGAAUGUAACAGUCGAUAUGGACAAGCUUAAGUACAGAUUUCCAGGGUCUAUUGCUUCUGAUAUUUAUCUUGGUGAGAACACCUGUACGGGAAUUGAAACUGGACAUCAGCUUGUUUUUUAUCACGACAUACACAGUUGCCUUACAACAAAAACAACGACGGAGCAAGAGCUUGUGUUUAACAGCCAACUUGUGUACGCUUACCACGAUCCGCACUAUACGUUUAUCAUAAGAAGUUUUAAUUGGACAGUUGAUCUACACUGCCAUGUUCCAAGAGACCAAUCAGUGCAUAGUAACGUCACUUACAAUCAGAAAACUGACAACGUGGUGACAGUAUUAAAUUCAAGCAGCCAAUAUCAGAUCAGCACAAAGUUUUUCUCGGAUCCAAACUUUAUGCAGACAAUUUCCGGUAGUCCAAUCAAUGUACCAAUCGGCACUAACGUUUUUGUCAAAUCGUUUGUUCAAAACACGGACUGGACAAUAAAAAUGAGGCUACAUACAUGUUACACAACAACACCAAACGGAGCAGACAGUGGAAGAUAUUACUUGAUCAAAAAUGGGUGCGAAGUUGACACCAAUACACAUAUCUUAUCACAAACCGACCACGAGACUAAGUUUGUGUUCAAAGUGUUUGAGGUGACCACUAGCAAGAAUCUGUCAGUGAAAUGCGAUGCAGUAAUCUGUGACAUGUCAGACGCUUCGUCUUUGCAACAAUGCGACCAGCACUGCAUAUAAUAUUGCUAUGAAAUGCAAUUAAAAAAAAGCUUUAUUAAAUGAAAAAAAGA